AAUUUAGGUUAAUCAUGAUUCGGCAUCAGUAACAAUCAAGACAAACUGAUAAGUUGCAUAUAUAAUCAACUUGAUUAACUUUAGUUUGAUUCACUAUUUUACUGGAUUGUGUUCGUGAAAAGUUAAUUUAAUUGUUAAUCAUCAUCAUCAUCAUCAUGGAAAGUAAAUCAACAUCAAAAAUUACAACAACAACUGUGAUCAAUGUAAUUAAUGGCUCGUCAUCAACAGUAAUUAAGAAAACAAUUAAACGUGAGACUAUUGAAAAUGGUAAAAUCAAGGAAAUAACAACAACAGUUGAGGAGAUCACAGGUGAUAAAUGUGAUGAUGUUGAUAAAUUGUUGGCUGAAUUUGAUCAAUUACCAUCUGAUACGAGCAUUGAAACAAUUAAAAUUGAUGAAAAUUCAAAUGAAGUUUUAACAACAAUUAAAAAAAUUGAAACUCCAAAAGUUGAAGAUAAAAUUGAUUGUAAAUCAAUUGCUACAAUUAAAACUGAUGAUGGUCAAAUUAAAGGUGAUACAAUUGAUAGUAAAUCAAUUACUGAGGAUAAACUAUUGGACGAUGAUAAAGAAAACAAAUCAACUGAUCAGCUAAUUGUUAAAUCAGUUGAACCAAUAAACCAAGAAAAAAAAGGUGAACAAUUAACUGAUCAUCGAAAAUUUAAUCAACAAUGUCUUGAUAAACAUAAUUAUUACCGAUCCCUUCAUGGAGUUGAACCAUUCACAAUUAACGAUAAGUUAAAUGAAUUAGCACAAAAUUGGGCAAAUCAUUUGGCUUCAAUUGGGUCAUUGUCACAUCGACCUAAAAGUGAAUUUGGUGAAAAUGUUUUCUGGAUCUCAAUUAAAGAUAUUGAUGGAAAUAAACCAGUUGAUUCUUGGUACGAUGAGAUUAAGAAAUACAAUUGGGAUAAAUCAACAUUCGUCAGUGGAACAGGACAUUUUACUCAAGUGAUUUGGAAAAACUCGAAACAAUUAGGAAUCGGUAAAUCGACAAGUUCUAAAGGGACAUUCGUUGUAUGUAAUUACGAUCCACCAGGUAACUUUAUGGGGAAAUUCAAAGAAAAUGUUUUACCUUUGAUUUACGUUAAAAUGGGUUCAAUAGUUAAUCGUUCAUCAUGUUUCUCAGUAUUUUGCCUUUUAAUUGUUACAAUUAAUUGUUCUGGUUCAUCACUUAAGAAAGUUAAAAAAUCAGCUGACAAACAAUUUGAUCAAGAGUGUUUAUCUAAACAUAAUUAUUACCGAUCACGACAUGGAGUUAAACCUUUGGUUCUUGAUGAAGAGAUAAGUAAAGUCGCUAAGGAUUGGGCUGAUAAACUGGCCGCUAACGGGGCUAUGUACCACAGGCCUAACAAUAAGUAUGGUGAAAACAUUUUUUGGACUUCAGCUAAAAAUAGUGACGGAGAGAAACCAGUUCAACUUUGGUACGAUGAGAUCAAUUUAUACAACUGGAAUAAAGCAACAUUCACCAGUGGAACAGGACAUUUUACUCAAGUAAUUUGGAAAGAUUCGAAACAAUUAGGAUGCGGUAAAUCAACAGGUUCUAAAGGUACAUACGUCGUAUGUAAUUACUAUCCACCAGGUAAUUAUAUCGGAAAAUUCAAGGAAAAUGUUUUACCUUUGAAAUAAUUAAUUAAUCCAUUUCUGUGAUGUAAACUCAAUCUAAUCAAAUAAUUAAAAAGUAAUCAACACUCUA